UUAUCCGUCUACUCCUUUCCGUUAUUGCGUGAUCUCGAAGCAUCCAAAGCAUUGAUAUACCCUUCUUCAAUUUCCCGAUUUCAACAAAGUGAUUUCGAAAAACCCUAACCCUAUCUCCAGCUUCAACCAAGUCUCGAAUUCGUUUCGCUUUUCUUAUCGUAGAUCGUUGCUAAUUCUCUCUUUUCUUAAUCGAUGGAAGAUUCUUUUGCUGCGUUUGAAGAAAUCCCAAAAAUUUUAGGGUUUUCUUAAAUAUAACUUACUCAAUACCACAUGGCGGCUAAACCUCUUACGAGUGAAGCAAUCGCCCUCACAGAAAAGAAAAUGGACAUGACAUUGGAUGAUAUCAUUAAAAUGUCAAAAAAUACUUCAAAUAAAUCUAAGAAGCAGCCAAGGAUACCGAAUAAAAUCCAGAGACCUGUGAGUAAUGCUGCUAAAGAUAAGGCCUUGAAGGUACGACAGUACAUGGACUCGCGGGCUUCUGUUAGACAGGGGGUUCUAGCUCAAAGAAGGUCUAAUUUCCAGGGGAACCGGUUUCCUUUUGUGGCUGAGGCUGCACGUAGAGCUGCAGUUGCUCCAUUUCGCAAUAGAGCAUUUAAUAGUAGGAGGGUGGCUAAUUUGAACAAACCAAGGGUUGGAGCACCACCUGUCCAAAGGAGGGCUACAAAUGGCGGUUUUACUGCAAAGCCACAGCGGCAGCAGCAACAACAACUACAGCAAGACCAACAAGAGAACAUAGUAACAAAACAAAGGCCUAAAACAUUGGAUUCCCUCUUUGCCAAUAUGAAGGAAGAGCGAUUGAGGGUAUUGUCACAUCAGAACAAUGGUGUACAACCUAAUGGCCGUGGCCGACAAAGAAUGCCCUGGGGAAGAGGCCGUUUUGGCAACUGAUAUAUGAGAUACUACGAGUGUUAUAUGAUAGGUUGUUUGUUGCCCUUGGUUUUCUCUUUUCAUGUCUGCAUGCCAAUGGGGAUAUUGUAAACCAAAGGAUGGCUGCAUCUUGUUUUCUUUGACUUGCGCUAUCAACUUGUCAGUCAAGACUGUUUUUCUUUUAUAUGUCGGGAAAUGUGGGAAUUCAGUAUGUUCAACUGAAACUAGGAGGGAUGUUGUAUGGUAGCUAUAUUUCACUUGCUAGCAAUUUACCAUUGGAUUUGUUACAUAAUGGUGUUUUAGUUAAAUGAGAAAUCCAUUGGGGAACCCUUUAUUUGUAA